UGGAAAAUUGGAUUAGCGCGAGUGUUAAACCCCGGAAACUAGUUUUCAGGUUUGGGCAGUUUCAGUGCUCACUGAAAGAGAAAUGGCGAAGGAGUUGUUGACUCUUGAUAAUGGCACAACCUGCACAUCAUGGAACUAUUCUGGCACCAGGCUCGCUGCGGGUUCCGUUGAUGGCACGCUUUCAAUCUUCGAUUCCCGCGACCCACCUUCAUCUUCUUCCCUCCAUUCUACUUUCAAAUCUAGGGUUCUAGAAGGAAACAUCGUGAAGAUUGUUUGGAUUCCGCCAGAGUAUGGUGAUGCAGUUGCGUGCAUUUCUGCCGAUGGAAUUGUUUCAUUGUGGGAGGAGGUCGCAGAAGAUUCCCAGUCUCUUCAGUGGAAGAUGUUCAAAAGCUUUGGAAACAGUUCAAGCAAAGUCCUUGAUGCUCAAUUUGGAAUCUCUCUGACUAGUUUGAAAAUGGUUGCUGCAUAUUCAGAUGGGAAUGUAAGAGUUUUUGAGCUCUCGGAUCCCUUGGAACUGAGAAACUGGCAGCUUCAGGCUGAAUUUCAAAAUGUUAUCGAGUCAGUGUCUUCGUUUGGAAAGGCCUCAUGCCUCUCAGCAUCCAUAUCUUGGAAUCCACAAAAAGGUGGAAGCCAGGAGUCCAGCUUCCUUGUAGGCUUCAAUUCAAAUACAUCAGAGCUUAAUUCUUCUAAGGUUUGCGAAUUUGAUCAGGCUCAUCAAAGAUGGCUUCCUGUGGCAGAACUGGCACUCCCUGAGGAGAAGGGUGAUCAGCUUUAUGCUGUUGCAUGGGCACCAAAUAUUGGCAGACCAUAUGAGAUCAUUGCGGUUGCAACCCACAAGGGACUUGCAAUAUGGCAUCUUGGAUUGAACCCUGAUCAUGAUGGAAGACUCCCAGUAGAGAGAGUUGCACUACUGUCAGGUCACGAGGGCAUGGUGUGGCAAAUGGAGUGGGAUAUGAGUGGAAUGACUUUGGCUACUACAGGUCAUGAUGGAAUGGUCCGAUUAUGGCAGUCGAAUCUCAAUGGCGUUUGGCAUCAGCAAGCUGCAUUUGAACCCACUUCUUAGCCACUCGUCACCAAGUUAUACCCAGCCUUUUUAUGUGGAAAACGAAUCUCGUAUGGGCUCUGGAGAGAAGGUUGAAAGAUCUGUCUGUUUAUUGAUGAUAAUCGAUAUUUAAACCUCAUUCAAAUUGUUGUAAGUAGUAAACUGGCCUGGGUUUAUUUUUGCCCCCCAAAAUAGGAUGAUGUGUAUUCUGUUGUGAUUUAGGUGGACAAUAUUCUCGUGCUACAUGAUAGUUGUCAUAAAAUCGAAAAUCGAAUGGAAGCAUGAAGAAAAUGAGCAGAAGCAGAAAAGAGUUAUCUGAGAAGGAAGAAAGGGAAUUGGAAUAGAAAAAAUAACUUAAAUGAAUUAUUGCUUCUGUCUA